AUGGCAUCUAAAUCAGAUAAUUCUCAUGUAAAAAUUCCAGUCGAGGAGGCAAAUAAAAAUAUUUUGGAAAUUGCCUGCUCGCCUAACAUGAAACAUGUUGCUGCAUUGCACGAAGAUAACUAUAUUAGUCUUUGGUCUAUUGAUAACCAAGGGAAACAUUUAGAGAAUGAAAAAACAAUCUAUAUCGGCGAAAUUUACACAAAAGAAAAUGAUGAGAGAAUAUUUGCAAUUUCAGAUAAUAAACAUGUUUCAAUCGGUUUUAAUAGAGAAAAACCCUAUAAUUUCAAAAUUUUCGAUUUUGAAAAUGAAAAAGAGAUAUUAUUAAAAUUUCCAGAUUGGCAAAAGGAAAUUGACUUCUUAUUCUUUAUUGAAAACGGAAAUAUUGUAAUGGUUAAUACUAAAUAUUACAGAGCAUAUGUUUUUUCGGCUAAAGAUAAUAUGACCUGGAUUUGUAAAUCAAUGAUUGAGCUGAAAUAUUUUAAAAAAAUUUAUAUUACUCUUAAAGGCAAAUUGAUCAUAUUUAAUGAUACAAUUUAUGAGAUCACGAUGUGGGACAUUGAUAAAUUAUCAAUUAGGACUCGUAUUUUAAUAGAUUGGGAUUUUACACCUGAAUUAACACCUGAAUCUAUUAAAAUUAGCGAUGAUGAAGAAUUAUUAUUAGUAUGUACAAAAAAUAAGAAAACUAAUGGAACACGUUUAUAUGUUUUUUCCACCGAAACUGGGAUGAAUCUGUCAUUCUCGAAUACAAACAUGGCAAUAGAUAAAUUUUACUUGAUCGGUUCUGGAAAAGGAGAAAGAAUAUUAUGUAGGUCAGGCGAUGAAUAUCUUUUAAACGACCCUUAUGAGCUCGGCAACCUCAGAAGCCCCGGAAAUCCAAUAGAUGCGAGUGAGCUUUUAAAUAGAAAUAAAGUUCAAAUUCAAAAACCAUACAUAAUCCGAUCGGAUGGAACAUCAGAUAAAAUAAUUUAUACUGUUGAAGGAAAAGUUUUAAUUGAAGAAUUAGUGCCUGAUAAAAAGUGGGUCGAUAAUUGGGUUGGAUACUUACGAAAAGAACUGGAAGACAAUAAUAGAAUUACAACUCCGUCCAAAAAGAUCAUUGAUAUUAUAAAUGAAAUUAAAAAUAACAAAUUAACAAAUUAUAACGUUGAUGGACAAACAUUUGAAAAAGAAUAUGAAAGAGAAUUAUUAAAAUGGGGAUUAGAAGUAGAUAAUGAAUCAGUUAGACUUACAGUAAUUGAUUAUAAUCAUCGCAAGAAAGAAUGGAACCCAGAUAAGAAAAAAAAGGAUCUGGAUAUUCUUCCAUCAAUUUAUCCUAAUGGAAAAAAAUUUAUACUACAUUGUGAAGUUCUUGAAAAUGAUGAUUUCGUUACGAUUACACGCAUUGGUGUAAUUAUUUGGACUUAUAAAUCUUCUAAAAUUAAGAUGCAUUACUAUUGGAAUCAUUGGAAUGAUCGUUUAAAUUUUGAAAAUGUAGAUAUAGAGUUUAAAGAUCCCUUUGAGAGCUGGACUCCAGGAAGAAUUCUUCCUGUUUCAAGUUACGAAACAAUCUGUAGAAAUUUAAAUAUUCAAUUUGGAAAAGAAAAGAAAAUGCAGCUUUUCGAAAUGUUUUUAAAUGAUAAUAUCAAUGAAGAAUUUUAUUUAACAUGCUACGGAAAAAUUCUCAUGAAAACAUUUAUUGAAUUAAAUGAUGAUGAUAAAUGGAUUCGAAAUUUAGGCAAUAGUUGUAUUGAAUUAAAUGAUGAUAAAUGGAUUCGAGAUUUAGGCAAUAGUUGUAUUGUUAAGUUUAUUCCAGAUAAAAAUCAUUUGAUUUCUAAAAUUUCUUUGUUGAGUAUUAUUUUUGACAAUUUUGUUGAAUUAUCAGAACAUCAUCCUGCAUUUAUAGCAAGUAUUUUAUCUUCGAUAGGAUUUGUAGUUCCUUCUAAUAAUGUGAUUCCAAAAUCUAAUUCUUCACAUCUUUCCAGCUAUGGAAAGUACUAUCAUUUAUCUAAAACAUCAUUUCUUCAUAUAUUAACAUCUUAUUUUUGGAUUAUAGCUCAAAGAGGGUUUUUAUUUUUGAUAAUAUUAGUAGCUAUUUUAAUUGCAUUUGCACAUUCAUUACACAUUUUAUUGCGCCCUGCCGUUAAUGUAUCUUUGAAUUAUCCAAGCUAUUCUACUGAUCCGAAUGAUCCGUGGAAUUUGACUACAAAAUAUAACGCUAUAGAUCCUAAUGGUACAAUUGAAAACCAUGCUUCGCUUAUUGAACCUCCUACUGCGACUACAAAUAUGUUUAUGAUGAUGGGUACAGCAAUUUCGGCUGUUUAUAUUAUGCUAACAGGAGAUACAACGCCAAUUUCCCGCUGGGAUUUCGAAAAUAACCUUACUUUACUUGUAUUAACAGUAUUAGAAGAAAUAGAGUUAUUAUAUAUGUUACCUCAUCAACGAAGAAAAGAGGAUUGGUUUCCAUUUAUUAUUUUUUAUGAAUGUCACACAAUUAAGCUUCGUGAGCAUGUAGUGGAGAUUAUAAAAAAUGGAUGGUCAGGUUAUAAAGAGCCUUACAUUUCAAAGAAUCUCAAUGAAGUUCUUCUACUUCCUGAAAAGCAUCCUUCUCUUAUACGAAUUAAUGAGAUUAUUAAAGAGCUGGAAGUAUCAGGACGGGAUAUUCAAAAGAAAAUUAAAGAACUGAAAGCAUCAGAUGCACGAAUUGAGGAGGAAAUUAAAAAGCUAAAGAAUCAUUAA